AUGGCUCCGCAGCGUCCAAAGCCUACCGAUGCCGCAGUACUGCCCGACGCCGCGCUUGCUCCACCACCUCGAUCGCCCCGGCAACUCGACGACAUCGAGCACGCGGUCGGCGACGACGGCGCGCCGGUGGACGCGGUCGACUCGCGCAAGACGGUCAGCAGCGACACGGUCGUCGAGGAGGAUGCACGACCAGCACCGGUGGUGGACGAGCAUGUCAUCCCCGAGAACAACCUGCUCAUCGUCAUGUUCAGCCUCGCCCUGACGACGUUCCUCGCCGCCCUCGACUCGACCGCCGUCGCGACGGCGCUCUCGACGCUGCAACGAGAGCUGGACGGUACCGCCGCCUCGCUGUCGUGGGUCACGGGCGCCUACCUCCUCAUGAUCACGGCGUGCGCGCCCAUCUACGGCAAGCUCUCUGACUACUACGGCCGCAAGUGGGUCUUGUACAUCUCGAUCGUCAUCUUCAUGAUCGGCUCGGGCCUCUGCGCCGCCGCACAAAACAUCCUCUGGCUCUGCAUCUGUCGAGGAGUGCAAGGCGUCGGCGGCGGCGGCAUCCUCCAGAUGGUCAACAUCGUCGUCGGCGACAUUACGCCGCUCGAGACGCGCGGCAAGUACAGCGGCGCGAUCGGCUCGUGUUGGGGCAUCGCCGCAGUACUGGGCCCGCUCGUCGGCGGCGCUCUGUCGCAGUACGCGAGCUGGAGGUGGUUGUUCGGCAUCAACAUUCCUUCGGGAAUCGUCGCCUUGGCGCUCCUGUUCUUCUACCUCAAGCUCAACCCGCACACGCCGCCGACGGCCGCCUACCUCCUCUCGACCUUCGACUUCCUCGGACUCGGCCUUCUCAUCUCGGGCCUCGCCAUCCUCCUCGUCGGCUUCACGUUCGGCGAGCAAGGCUGGGGCCGUGCACGCACCAUCGCCUGCCUCGUCGUCGGCGCCGUGACGCUCGCCGCCGCCAUCGUCGUCGAGCUCAAGACGACCCGGAGCCCGAUCAUCCCGCCGAGGAUCUUCAAGCUCAAGACGGCGGCCGCGUUGCUUACCGGCGUCUUCGUACAGUCGUUUGCUUUCAACGGUCUAGCCUACUAUCAACCUUUGUGGUUCCAGGUUACAGGCUCGUCGCCGCUCAUGGCAGGCGUUCUGCUCAUUCCCUUCUCGGUCGGCACGGCCCUGUUUGGCGUCAUCUCGGGCUUCCUCGCCGCUCGGUGGCGGCGCACCAAAGAGCUCAUCAUCGCCUCGUACCUGUUUGCGACGCUGGGCUACGCCCUCCUCGCGACGCUCGACGAGUCGUCGAACCGCGCCUCGCAGAUGCUCUACCUCCUCGUCGCGGCCCUCGGCGUCGGCCCCUUGUUCCAGCUCCCGCUCCUGCACCUCCAGGCCGCCAUGCCCGUCAAGGACCUCGCCACCUCGACGGCGACGCUCGCGCUCCUGCGCUCGGUUGGCGGCACGGUCGGGAUCGCGGUCGCGGGCGCCAUCUACGCGAGCAAGCUCCGCAGCGGGCUCGAGGGGAUCGAGGGGUGGGCAGGGUACGCGGCGAGGAACGGGAGGGGUCAGUCGAGUGCGGCAGGGUCGGUCGAGGGGCUCACUGAGAUCGAGCCGCCCGAGUUGCGCCAGGAGGUCCUCCACGCCUACACGCGCAGCCUGUCGUACCCCUGGAUCAUCGCCGCGCCGCUCCUGUUUGUCGGCCUCGUCGCGUCCGUCGUCGGCAUCAAGCACUACUCGAUGAAGCGUGCGACGGUGCGCGCGCCGGAGGAGGUCAAGGGCAAGAAGAACAAGUCGAGGGACGACGCCGCCAAGGAGAAGAGGAGGAAGGGCGACGAGGUAGAGCUCGAGGGGGACCAGAAGGUUGACGAGGAGAGCGCUUAUAAGUCGCUAGAGCUGUAGCUGGGGACGAGUACCAUGGGCAUGGAGCGCAUCUUUUGUAUCGAAUAGAGACCGGAUUCCUCUCUCUC